CUCGAGCGCAAGACGAUCUCCGCUAUCGCCCCACCAUGUUCGCCAGCUUCGCCACUGCCCUCAUCGCUUCCACUCUCCGGCCCUCGAGCGCAGCCGCCACCAACUAUGCCGGUGGCUGGCUUCCGUCGGACCCCACCAACCAGUGUGUGGAUAUUUGCUCCGCUCCGUCCAAGACGUGCCUCACUUCGGACGCUGCCUGCCUCGCCAAGUCGAUGGUCCCGGGCGACUUCGACUAUAUGGUCCUGGAGCAGCUCUUCGUGCCGCAGUUCUGCCGUGACCUGCUAAAGGGUGUCGACUCCACUAUUUCGCACCAAAACAUCGAUAUGUACCCGAACGGCACAGCCUGCGUGGAGAGUGUGGUCAAGAGUGAGCUCACGAUUCACGGUCUGUGGCCCAAUUACAACGAUGGCUACGUGAGCUGCUGCAAUCCGAGCUCAGCGGUGGCCAACGACCCUUAUAACGCCGCUGACUUCGCUGCCGCCCAAAGCAGCCUACUCACCACCAUGGGUGAGAAGUGGGUGGACGCUACGCAAGCCACUACGUACGAAUCGCUAUGCGAGAUCUACAACCACGAGUUCCAGAAGCACGGUCUCUGCUAUGCCGCUGACGACGCUGAUUACAUCUCGGCUGCUGUCACGUACUUCACUGCUACGCUGAGCACGGCGGACCGCAUCAGUUCAGCCACCGAGCAGAUCAACAAGUGGGCAGCUCAGUCGACGCCUCAGACGACUCUGGCCGAGAUUGAGGCUCUCUACGGCCACAGUGUCAUGGUGUUGUGCUCGGCUGUGGAUGGCAACAACCAACUGUCGGCUAUCCGUACGUGCUACGAGAAGCCGACAAACAUCACGAGCGAGGGAGCGUCCGCGCAGAUUGACUGCGCAGCCGCGACGGCCACCUCCUCGUUCUCCGUAUGCUCCGGUGACUCGCCGAUCACUCUGACUGCAUACACAGCCCCCACCUCGGCUUCGAUGCAAUAAGCUCCGACGAUAGAGCGACGGUGCAGUCUGCUAGUAUAAAGUUCAAUGCACCAGUUACUUAAAAAUGUACCA